UUUGAAGACAUGGGUGAAUCUUCCUAUGGCUAUUGGUUUUAUGUUGCUUUACACCAAACUCUCAAAUGUUCUCUCUAAAAAGGCUCUCUUUUACACUGUUAUUGUUCCUUUUAUUGUCUACUUUGGAGCCUUUGGUUUUGUGAUGUACCCUCUCAGCAACUUGAUUCACCCUGAAGCUCUUGCUGAUAAGCUCCUUGCGACGCUCGGCCCCAGAUUCAUGGGUCCUCUCGCAAUCAUGCGGAUUUGGAGUUUCUGUUUGUUCUAUGUCAUGGCUGAGCUUUGGGGUAGUGUUGUGGUUUCAGUUCUCUUCUGGGGAUUUGCCAAUCAGAUUACAACGGUUGACGAAGCCAAAAAGUUCUAUCCUUUGUUUGGACUAGGAGCAAAUGUUGCACUUAUUUUCUCAGGAAGAACUGUGAAAUAUUUCUCUAACAUGAGAAAGAAUCUUGGCCCUGGAGUUGAUGGCUGGGCUGUAUCAUUAAAAGCUAUGAUGAGUAUUGUCGUGGGAAUGGGACUUGCCAUCUGUUUCCUCUACUGGUGGGUGAAUAGAUAUGUGCCUCUCCCAACCCGUAGCAAGAAGAAGAAGGUGAAACCACAAAUGGGAACAAUGGAGAGCUUGAAGUUUUUGGUGUCAUCACCAUACAUUAGGGAUCUUGCUACUUUGGUGGUUGCAUAUGGAAUUAGUAUCAACCUUGUUGAAGUCACAUGGAAAUCAAAGCUUAAAGCUCAGUUCCCUAGCCCGAACGAGUACUCAGCAUUUAUGGGAGACUUCUCAACCUGCACGGGUAUUGCAACAUUCACAAUGAUGCUUCUCAGCCAAUAUGUGUUUAAGAAGUAUGGUUGGGGAGUAGCUGCAAAGAUCACGCCAACCGUUCUGCUAUUGACCGGCGUUGCCUUCUUCUCUCUGAUACUGUUUGGGGGCCCAUUUGCACCACUGGUUGCCAAGCUUGGUAUGACACCGCUACUCGCAGCUGUGUACGUUGGUGCUCUCCAGAAUAUCUUCAGCAAGAGCGCCAAGUACAGCUUGUUUGAUCCUUGCAAAGAAAUGGCUUAUAUCCCAUUGGAUGAGGACACCAAGGUUAAAGGCAAAGCUGCCAUUGAUGUAGUCUGCAACCCAUUGGGGAAAUCAGGCGGUGCUCUAAUCCAGCAGUUCAUGAUCCUUACAUUCGGCUCACUCGCCAACUCCACGCCUUACCUUGGAAUCAUCCUGCUCGGUAUAGUCACUGCAUGGUUAGCUGCUGCUAAGUCGCUGGAAGGACAGUUCAACACUCUCAUGUCUGAAGAAGAACUCGAGCAGGAAUUGGAGAGAGCUUCAUCAGUCAAGAUUCCUGUCGUGUCUAAGGAGGAUGCACCACCAGGAGAAUCUGCGAGCCAACUAUCGGAGAAAUCUACUCCAACCAACAAUUAGAUGAUGACGGAUAAAGUUUUUUUUUGGGAUUGUUUGCGUGUUGGUUUUAGCGUUUUGGUCGGAGUAAGAUUUUGUUAGUGUGAGAGAAAGACUACAAAUUAAUCAUUUAGUCAUAUGCGUUUUUUUUCGUUGUUGUUUCUUCUCUUUGAUACCAAUACGAAAGUAAUAAAAUUUUCAAGUUCAAUAAUA